AUGACGCAGCAGAUGCAGAACCUUCAGCUCUCUCAACCCAAAAGGAUCAGUACCCCAUCUUCCCCGAACGCAGCCAAACGUCUGUACCGCAAUCUCUCUGAGAAGCUCAAAGGAAGCCACUCUUCAUUCGACGAAACCUACUUCAGAGCAAGAGGCGACCGUUUACGGAAACCUUCCGUGAACUUUCAGUGCAAUGAAGCAGUGUUCGAGGCAGUGGAGCAGCAGGAUCUGGAUGCUGUACAGAUUCUUCUAUAUCAGUACACGGCAGACGAAUUGGAUCUGAACACGCCGAACAGUGAAGGGUUAACACCUCUAGAUAUUGCCAUUAUGACAAACAAUGUGCCUAUUGCAAGGACUCUUCUCAGGGCUGGAGCCAAGGAAAGCCCUCACUUUGUCAGCCUUGAAAGCAGAUCCUUGCACCUGAACACUUUGGUUGAGGAGGCCCUACAGAGAGUAAACGAACUGUCUGCAAAGAUACAGAAUGAAGGGCUGGGUGUGGACAGCAGCGAGAAGGACAAGCAACUCAAGUCUUGGGAGUGGAGAUAUCGCCUGUAUAAGAGGAUGAAGGCGGGUUAUGAUCACGCACGAACACCCGAAGCGCCAACCAAUGUCUGUCUCAUGAUAACAAGCAGUACAUCACUCACGGUCACAUUCCAGGAGCCUCUGAGUGUCAACUCUGCUGUGGUGACCAAAUAUAGAGUUGAAUGGAGCUGCUCCUCGGAUUUCUCCUCCAGAGCUGGGGAACUAAUCUUGGAUAACCUACAGUCUUUGAGAUGUACCAUCACAGGCCUUACUAUGGGGCAGCUGUAUUAUGUUCGGGUCUCCGCUUGCAACAUGAAAGGAUGGGGGCCUGCUGAAAUCUCCAACCCUGCUUGCGCAGCUCCUUCCAACUGGAAAGAUUAUGAUAGACGAGACUACAGACGCAAGGGGCAGGUCGACACACUGGAGCGUCUGCUUCAGAAGGUCCGGGCUGUUCAUCAGCAUUACAGCUGCCGAGAAAGUAUGAAACUGCAAAACCCCAGCCGCAAACAGUCCGUGUCCAGGAGCCUGAAACAUCUUUUCCACUCAUCCAACAAAUUUGUCAAGACGCUGAAAAGGGGUCUGUACAUUGCCGUAAUAUUUCAUUACAAAGACAACAUGCUGGUUACCAAUGAAGACCAUAUACCCAUUGUAGAGAUAGACGAUUCCUGCACCAGUUCUAUUAUGCAAGAUUUCCUCUGGUUUACCAAGUUGUCCUGUAUGUGGGAUGACAUCAGAUGGCUUCGGCAGAGCAUGUCAAUCUCGAUGUCCUCAUCCACAGCCCUCCAGGCCAGGCAGAAGAUGUUAGCAGCCACAGCCCAGCUUCAGAAUCUACUUGGGACCCAUAACUUAGGUAGAGUUUAUUAUGAGCCCAUCAAGGACAGACACGGUAACGUUGUAAUAGUCACAAUUCGAGAAGUGGAGACGUUAUAUUCUUUUUUUAAUGGUAAAUGGAUGCAAAUCUCAAAGCUUCAAAGCCAAAGGAAAUCCCUUUCAACGCCGGAAGAACCAACUGCCCUGGACAUCUUACUUAUAACUAUCCAGGACAUAUUGUCUUAUCAGAAGAGAAGCCAGCAUCGUCUAUCUCCGGGUCUAUAUCUUGGGUACUUAAAACUGUGUAGCUCUGUGGAUCAGAUCAAAGUCUUGGUGUCUCAGCGACUCCCCAAUAUGCUCUGCCACGUCAAAGUACGGGACAACAGCAAUGUUUCCAAAGAUGAAUGGGAAUGGAUUCAAACCCUCUCCGUGUCGGAGUCUGUGGACAGCAUGGAGCUCUCUCUAGACCAACACACCCAUCAGUUACUAUGCGAUCUCCAGGCAGCAGUUAAAGCCCUACUGAAACUGAUCAAUCUACCUCUUCACCAGGCCAACCACUUCCGCCUGUACACACAGGAGGUGCUGGAGCUCGGCCACAACGUCUCCUUUCUUCUACUGCUCCCUGCCUCUGAUGUUGUCUGCAGUGCCCCAGGACAGAGUAAUCCUUACACCCCACACUCAGGAUUCCUUCACCUCCCCCUUCAGAUGUUCGAGCUAGUUCACUUUUGCAGCUACAAAGAGAAAUCGAUCAGCCUUUACUGCCGCCUCUCUGCCAUACUAGAGCUGGACUCCUUAAUUUCCCAGCAGGCAUUGCGAGAAGCCAUCUCGGACGAUGAAGUUGGAGCCGCUAAACAGAGACACCAGCAGGUUCUGGACUAUAUCCAGCAAACAGAUGAAAUAUGGCGUGAAAUGAGGUGGAUCAUGGACGCCCUGCAGUACGCCCGCUAUAAACAGCCAGUGGCUGGCUUGCCGAUAACCAGAUUUAUGGACCUUUCUGAAGACCAGAACCAAAAGAAGAACAAUUCAACAUCGUCCCAUCUCGAUUGUCUGCCGUCCCCCUCACCGUCACCAGAACUGCACCGUAGAAAACCUCUGAGCGAUUCCCAGCCAUGCUCAGAUGAAGAAGGCUGCUCAGAGGUGUUUCUUCCGACUGACAGUGACUACGACUCCAGCGAUGCUCUGAGUCCCAGAGAGCUCGACUUAGUCUAUUCGUCUUCUAAUGACAUAUCCCAGCAGGCGUUGUCUGGUCUGAGCGGCAGCGCCCCCGACGUCCUCCAGGUGAACGACAUGAAACCUUGCUUCACCUUGAAGGAAGAGUGCACCACCUUGGACCCGAAUACGGAGUACUGUACCAGAUACAUGGACAACCUCUCUGUAAUGGGUUUCCCUUCAAAAAGCAUGGACAAGUCCCCUAACUCAAAGCAGCACUUUAGCCUCCUAGGUAAGAAAAGGUCAGGGAAGCAUCAACACUGCAACUACUUCACUCGGCAUCAUCGCUGGCUACGGGUCCACAGCGAGUCACAGUCUUUGUCUGAAGGAAUCUACACUCAGCACAUGUCUAGAGCAGUGGAUCUUAAUGAAGAUUCCACCUCUGGUGAACAAAUAACCAUUCCAGUAGAUACCCCAAGAAGCACUUUUUUACCUCAUGCUUCUAGCCUGCCCGAAGAGGGCAAAACCAAGUACGACGAAUCGAAAAUGAAUGUGCGCAGGAUUUAUGUUGAGCCUUGCAAGCAAACCAUGGCAGAGAAGGAAAGGAAAACAUGGACUUUAAACAUAGAUGGAUCGCGAUCACCUGUCAAGGAACCCAGCAUACAGCUCAUAACUGGGCAAGACAUGGACUCUGAUGAUAAGACCAACUUACAGCUGUCGGAAGUAUGUAGCAGCACAUUAUAACCAGAAGGAACAUCUUACAUGCCUUUCUCCAUCUGUCAAGGUCCUCCCUUAAUUUAUCAUUUCUCGUGAUGCUGAUGUGUUUGUAUAGAGCUUUGUCUGCUGGUGUUAUCAUAUUCUGUUUGUACAUAAUCAAAUGUAUCAACACAAUUUGGUUAAUAUUGCCCUUCAUAGCA